CAGUGGAGCGGUAUUUACAUCUACACAGACCACUUUAAACAAACACAAGCCACAUUGACAUCGUCCGAGCAGCCAAGGAGUCUAUUUUCAAACACAGCAAAUAUCAACAGUCAUGGGCAAGAAUAGGACCAGCAGUUCUGGUCUUCAUCCUCACUGUGAAAAAUGUCAUAAUCAGAACUGCAAGCUUCCCAUAGAUGUCUUGACAUCUUGUAUCUUCAUUUCCUGCCGAUUGAACUGCGGAGCUGCCUUCCACCUUUGUAAAGAGGAUGAGCAUCGACUUCUAUGCCCUAAGGAAACAGUACCAUGUCUCAACUCUGGCUAUGGCUGCCCCAUGACCAUGACAAGACAAAGACUUGCCCAGCACCUAGAAGUGUGUCCUGCCAGUGUGGUCACUUGUUCCCUGGAAUGGAACCGAUGGCCGGUGAAUGAGACCGAUACAGCCUUCUAUACGAAUGCUCUCCGGGAUCCAAACGUGAUGAGUCAGUUGGACCUUGCAAUGGCACUUAGAGAUCAGAAGCUUCUGUUUGAUUCAAUACAGAUGAAGACACUCUUUCCUGAGUUGAUAGAAAGGGUAGAGGAGCCUGAGGUUCCACUGGACGGUGCCGUUGGAGGACUUGAUCCAGAGUGCUCGCAGUCUCAGAUCUUAAUCCUAGACGAAUCGUUGGAAGAUAGCCUUAAUGGAGAAGAAGUCCAAGAACUAACCCAAGAGGAACGUCUCGCUUUGGCGGAAAGUAAGGAUGUAGCCUGCUUGGAGAACUAUGGGAUAUGGGAGAAAAUGUUUGCGAAGGAGAAGGAAGGGUGCAAGCAGACAGUGAAGAAUUUAGAGGAUAAAAGUUGUCAGAUUAAAGACAAGAAUUCCCCUCAGAAUUCCGAAAAUCUAGACAUUGACAGGACAGGUUUAGCUCCUUGGCAAGAUGGUGUUCUUGACAGGCUCCGAAAAGAGGUCAACGUGGCUGAGUAUAAUAUGUAUCUGGUGCACAACGGAUGCAUGCUUAUCAACUUCGGCCAGCUGGCAGCUUGCACACCUAAAGAAAAGGAUUUUGUUUAUGGAAAUUUAGAGCCCAUUGAAGUUCAAACCAUACACUCUUUCAAUGUGCCGACCAGCUACAGAGCCAAACGUAGCCAUCUGAAGGAUCCAUCCCAAAUGAUUAAAAAGACACACCGAUCUGUGGACACAUCUGAUUUAGGCAUUGCAAAUGAAGAGCUUCCAAAGGCAAAACUGGUGGAAUCCACACUACUGUGCUCCCUUGAAAGAGAAUUAAAAGGUCAUCAGAUUUGUGAGAGUGUUGGAAUCGAUGGGCUGUAUGUUGACGUUGGCACCCAAACCUUUGACUUCCAUUCUGCUCCAUUCAAAAGUGAUGCAACUUUGGCCGAUGUUGUUGCAGAUCAGCCUCAAAGCCUACACGUACAAAUUCAGACCGAAUGUGUGACUAGGAGGCACAACAAAUCAUGCUCAGCCUUUACUUACCUGUGCCGUCAUGCCUUCAGGCGUGAUGAAUAUCCCUGGCACUUUAGGAAUGUGCAUGGAGACAUCCAGUCAUGUCUUACUGGCUGGUUUUUACAGCGGUGCCCACUGGCUUACCUUGGUUGCACCUUUAGCCAGAAGCAAUUUCGCCCAUCUAAAUAUCAGGCCACUAUAAGCUAUGAUGCAGAUCUUAGCACUUUCAUCUUACAACCAGAAGUGACAGCGUCUCUUUACAAAGGAGUAAAAACCGUUAACAGCGAACGCAAACGUGCCAAGAAUUUGGAUUCCUUGAGCAGACUUCCUUUUGAAAUCUUACAACACAUAGUGAGUUUUCUGGAUAGUGUGUCUUUGGGUCGUCUAUCUCAAGUUUCCCAGCUAAUGAGGGAAGUUUGCAGUACUGUUCUUCAGCAGAAGGGCAUGGUGUCACUCAAAUGGGAGAAAAAGACAUACUCUCAUGGAGGAUUCACUUGGAGGGCCCGGAAACAGGCAUGGGAGUUCAGCAGUCUGUUCUCUCCAGUGGAUAAAUGGGUUUUUGAAGACAUGCCCCCCAUGGCAGAACACCUGAAGGUUUGUCCUUUCUACCAGAAGGAGAUCAGAAGUGAACCUGUGGCGUUACCCAGUAUGACAGGUCUCCAGGAGAGAAGAGAGGAAUUCCAGACUCUAGUCAACAACAUCUUUACUACUGACAAGGCACAUGGAGAAUAAGAGACUGCUUGUGGCAGCAAUGUUUUUAUUGUAAAUGUUAAUUUAUGUUUUGGUCAGUGUUAACUUGUACUUUAAUUUAAGGGAAUAGUUCACUCAAAAAAGUUAAUCAUGUCAUUACUCUAUAGCAGCCAUUAUCAGUCUGUCUUCGUGUCAUACAGAACAGUCAGGACAACACUAUAGUGAGGAAAGGAUGAUAUAAUUUCAUUUGAAAGAGCUUUGCUGACCUCUAGUGACUGAAAAAUACACUCACAAAGGCUUCACAAUUUAUAAAUGCACAUGGAUAAAACAGAAAAAAGGGAUUCAUGAAAAAAAAAUUUACUAUUCUUAAAAAAAAUAAUCAUAUGAUGACACUAUUUAGAGAUCAGAGCACAGAUCUAAAAUACUAUCAUUUUAAAUCUUAAUGCUUUGUUUGUAAUCAUUUUAAAAUGCAGCAUGAUCAAAUUUAGCAUAUUGUAAUGCUCAUUUUUUGCAUACAUGUUACACUGACAGUGGAACAUUAUUGCAUUCAUAUUUUCACAAUUUAUUUGUAAACUAAAUUUAUUUGUAAA